UUGGUACCAAAUUAAGACUACACGGCGGAGAUUUGAACGAGUGUUUUAUCGUCAAUCUUGAGUAGGGUUGUUAGCCGCUACACCAACUCAGCGGAUUGUUGUGGUCAAGUGAAUUUGGUAGGAAUAUAUGCACUUGAAGGAGGGGGCUGGUGUUCGAUUCAGGGGGUGGACAUUUUGGACUGUUUUGUUUUGCGCUUUUGACCAAAGUCACGGCGCGGAAACAUACCAAUCGCGCGACAGAGCCCUGUUGGACAGCGAGUUCAGCUAUCAUUCUUUAUCCCUGGCCGAUAUUUGUGCGCAGCUUGUCAUGAGGUCUGAGAAAGGGGAACAUCAUCGCUCAUACCUUGUCUUGAGGUUCGUGGUCUCAAAUACUGAACUCAAUCUUGAGGCAAAAAUUGGUACUUACAACAUGUUGCAACGCGACUCCGCCGAAGACAGGUGCAGGUGUAAAAGAGCAGUAGGGAAAACUGUUCGCACAAGACUCACAAGUGAAUCUGUAAUUCGCAACUCUGUAAAAAACUGACAUCACCAUCGACAAUACAAACUGAUGAUUGGAAGAACAAAAAAAGAAUAAGCACCAUGGGCAGGAAUCGAGGCUGCGACCUCCUCGGAUCUAGACUGACACGGCGUUGAGUAACAACGAAUGACUGCGCACGUGUUAAGACCUCGGGUGUGAUACCACUACACCACCACGGCUUUUUGCUUGUUAAAAAGGGACCAGAAAAGCUCGAAUAUAAAGGCUAGUGGGAUUGUGGGCGGCAGCGAGCUUGUUGGUGGCGA